GUAAAAGUGUAAAAAGUUUGGUUAUGUUUAACCGGGAAGCUGCGUGCUUGUUUUGAUUUUGUUUUUAAUACUUAAGUUAUUUUUAUAAUAUUAUAACACUUUUUAAAUACCUACAUACAAUGGCAGGGCCCACCAAAAAACCUCGAAAACCUACGGAACCCCAAUCCGAUGAUAAAUCUAUGAGCGACGAGAGCGAAUCUGGCACUUACCAGGGCCAACAGGAAGUUCAAGCAACAUUCGAAGGAAGGAAUCCAGAAGGUCAAGACUUUCACGGAAUAAAGCAGUUAUUGUUACAACUGUUUUUAAAGGCUCAUAUUGACUUGUCUCAAAUGUCUGAUAUGUUGAUAUCUCAAACAGGAAUUGGAUCUGUAUUAAAACAGAGUUAUGAUGAUGAUGAAGAUGAAGAUGAUAACAUGGAUUUAUCAGAAGAUUCAAAUGUUUUUGGUAUUACUAGUGUAAUAAACCUUACUUCACAUAGAGAAACACCUUGUGUUCAGCAGUUUUUUACACUUUUAGAGGAUUUAACAAAGCAACAUGCCAAUAAAGGUGUUCAAGAUAAUAUUACUAAAGUAUUGCAAAGCAAAAAACUAGGAUUUUUGAUAAAUGAACGGUUUGUUAAUAUACCAGCAAAAAUUUCUGCAGCGAUGUUAAAUUCUCUGCUUGAUGAAAUGGAAAGAAUUAAGAAAAAGAACAGUUCAUAUGAUUUUGAUUAUCUAAUUAUAAUAUGUAAAACUUGUAAAUCUAAAGGAGGGAAUGAUGAUGAAGAAAUAUAUUCUAAUGAUGAAGAAGAACUAUUCACUAAAGCAGCGGAUGCAACAUUUGAUUUUUGUGUAGAAAAAGAAACAGAUGUAGGUUUAGGAGGCAAGUGGUUAUCAGAAGAUAAGCAAAUGAUCCCUUAUAGAAGAGUUGUUAUAUUUAAGGGCAGUAAGUUUAAAGAUCUUGUAAGUCAAAUUAGUAUAUUGGUUCAAUAAAAAAUAUGAUAAAACUAAAA